AAGGGGGGGACGGUGUCGUCUUUUCAAUUCAUUUAUCUGCAGGAAUGAUUGCCGCUAUCAGUCUCGCGUUCACCGCCCGGCUGAGGAGGUGAAAGUUUCUCCCCAGGAAGAUAAACCGCAAAAGACAAUAUUGUGCAUGAUUUGCGCCGUUUUUUUUUUUAAACAAAGCAGGGGGAAAGAAAGGAAAGUGAAGGGGGAAAAACGCAAAGGAGGGGAAAAAGAGACGGAAGGGGACAAGAGUGCAAGAACUGGAAGAGAAGAGAAAAUUGCUCGCUAGUUCGCUACAUUCCUCUAGUUUUUUUUUUUUUAGAUCAGAACUGAGGGAAGUUUAAUUUUUGUUUUGGUUCCCCCCUCCUCCCCCGUCCGUGCCUGUUCCCUACACUCUCUUCUCCAUUGUUAUUUGCGAGUGGGGUCUUCUGAAUUCUUUCCCUCCUCCCUAUUGAAACCCCCUGAAAAGUGCAGUCCGAGGGGGGGGGGAAGGCGACGGUCGGUUUUUCUGCGCGCGCGCCCAUGCCUUUCUUCUUCUGCUUCUUCUUCUCCUCCAAUUUUUGCCGCUUGUAGCUUUCUUUCCCCGGCUCUCCCCACCCCCAGCCCUCACCCACCCUCUCGUUUUGUGUGCGUGCGUGUGUGUGUUUUGGUGCGCGGAUGCCGAAGGGGGAGUUCCUGAGGUGGUGGCUUCAGUGGUGAUCGUCGCGCGGACUUUUGCAAGAGAAAGAGAAAGGCUGCUUGGAUUGGCGGCGGCGGCUUUCUUCUUCGUCGGCUUAUCCUGCCUGCAGUUCGUCGGCUGCUGUUGCAUCACCCUUUCCCCCUUGCCGUCUUCAUUUUUUUCAAAAUCACUUUUCCUCGGCGGUUGCUGCCGCAGCUGCCUGAGAGCCGGGAGAAGAUGCUGCUGGAUGCCGGACCGCAGUACCCAGCCAUCGGCGUGACGACCUUCGGCUCCUCUCGCCACCACUCCACCGGCGACGUGACGGAGCGGGAAGUGGGACUGGGCAUCAACCCUUUCGCUGACGCCGGCAUGGGCGCUUUCAAGCUUAACCCCAGCAGCCACGAGCUGGCCUCGGCCGGGCAGACCGCCUUCACUUCGCAGGCCCCUGGCUACGCGGCCGCGGCGGCGCUGGGGCACCACCAUCACCACCCGGGCCACGUCGGCUCCUACUCCAGCGCGGCCGCCUUCAACUCCACGCGGGACUUUCUCUUCCGCAACCGGGGCUUCGGCGAGGCGGCGGCGGCGGCCAGCGCCCAGCACAGCCUCUUCGCCUCGGCGGCCGGCAGUUUCGGCGGACCGCACGGCCACGGCGAGGCGGCGGGCCACCUCCUCUUCCCGGGCCUCCACGAGCAAGCGACGAGCCACGCUUCGCCCAACGUGGUCAACGGGCAGAUGCGCCUGGGCUUCUCGGGAGACAUGUACGGCCGGCCGGAGCAGUACGGCCAGGUGACGAGCCCGCGCUCCGAGCACUACGCUUCGCCCCAGCUCCACGGCUACGGCCACAUGAAUAUGAACAUGGCAGCCCACCACGGGGCGGGGGCCUUCUUUCGCUACAUGAGGCAGCCCAUCAAACAGGAGCUCAUCUGCAAGUGGAUCGAGCCUGAGCAGUUGGCUAACCCCAAAAAGUCCUGCAACAAAACUUUCAGCACCAUGCACGAGCUGGUGACUCACGUCACUGUGGAGCACGUUGGCGGGCCGGAACAGUCCAACCACAUUUGCUUCUGGGAAGAGUGUCCCAGAGAAGGGAAGCCUUUCAAGGCCAAAUACAAACUGGUCAACCACAUCCGAGUCCACACCGGGGAGAAACCUUUCCCUUGCCCUUUCCCGGGAUGCGGGAAAGUCUUUGCUCGAUCGGAAAAUCUCAAAAUCCACAAAAGGACGCACACAGGCGAAAAACCCUUUAAGUGUGAAUUCGAGGGCUGUGACAGGCGCUUCGCCAAUAGCAGUGAUCGCAAAAAGCACAUGCACGUCCACACUUCAGACAAACCUUAUCUCUGCAAAAUGUGCGAUAAGUCCUACACGCACCCGAGCUCCCUCCGAAAACACAUGAAGGUCCACGAAUCGUCCUCCCAGGGGUCCCAGCCUUCUCCCGCUGCCAGUUCGGGCUAUGAAUCGUCAACCCCCCCAACAAUCGUUUCUCCAACCACAGAAAACCAGACCACAAGCUCCUUAUCCCCUUCAUCUUCAGCAGUCCACCACACGUCCAGCCACAGCACGCUCACGUCAAAUUUUAACGAAUGGCUUGAUGGAUUCACAAGCAUGUUUGGUACAUGCUGUCAGUCUAAAUAAAUGAGAAACAACUAAAAAAGAAAUGGCAAUAGUCUGAUAUUUGCCCCUUCAGCUGACCACUUUAUCUCCUUCUCCCAAGGAUGCAAGAAAACCAGUUGCCGCUUUACCGAACUUUGAGACGAACCACUGAAUAGCACACAAACAAGAUGCAACAACUGAAUAAUUAGCUACGGAUACUGAAAGAUGAACUUCAUGAAAUCUGAAUCCAAUAAUAUAAAUAUAACAAAUCUGUUUCAACCCAAUGCCAUGUCUGAUUCCUACCAUUAUAGUGGGCCAAACCAACAUCCUGCAAUUUGGUAGGGUUGGAAAUUUGGCUUCUAGAUUCAAUCCAUCUCAAAUAGUUUCUGGGAAGUCUUCUGUUAUUUUACUUCAGCAGAAUUCUUGUAUUAGUUGUGAACUAUAGCUAUUCAUAAGGCAAAGAAGUUAUGUUCCUUGUAAAGUAUAUAAUUUAAAAAGCCUGCAAGACUGCCAGCCUUUUGUAUGCCAACAUUCAUAAACUGAAGUGGUAACUGCCAAGUAAAACAACAAAUGAAUUAAUGCAUGCAUACAUACAUACAUACAUACAUACACAGGGUGGAGAAGUAAGGGGUUCCAUGGGGCCGAUCAGGGGCCUACUCUAGCAGCAAGCAAUACUGAAGGAUCAGAAUGACUGUGCUUCACUCAUGCUGAUCAAUAAUAAACUCUCCCUAGGACAGGAAGCAAAUUGUGUUGGAGCUAGGUAUGGAAAGAUCUGUCUGUUUCGCUCCUCUCCGUUUCUCAUUUUUCCAAUGUUAAAUUCAGUUCUCUACAUUGCUACAGUGAUCUGCAAAUGUUUUUUUAAAAAAAUCUGCAUGAAAAUUCUCCACCAUUUUAGUGUGAACUCCAAAUAAACACAUUUUUGUAGGCAGUUUUGACUAACAUACACACUUUUGCAAGCCAUUUCUCAUCGUUUCAUGCCUUUUGGCUUGUUAUUUUCACACAUGUAUUCAUUUUUAUGCACACUUUCCCCUAAUAUAUGCAUUUCUGUAAAUGUUUAGUUAGCAAACUGCACCCCAAAAUUCUAAUAAAUGCAAAUUUCAAGGGAUGGCUGUGUUUUGGUUCUCAUAUUGUUUCGGAAAGUGCAAAUUUGAUCAUUUCUGCUUGAAAUGCGAACUGAAUUGAAAUUCUCACCCACCCCUUGUUGGAGCUGGGCAAUAGGACUCCCUUUUUUUUGUAGUGAAUGGGAGCAAUCACUUCACCACUAAAUGGUUUACGGGGUGGAUUUGGGCUCAUAGGACCCUCAGAUCAGGGUUCAGGUUCAGAUGAUAAACUUCCUCUGAGCCCAAUUUCCAUUGUGAAUUUUCAUGUUUACAUUUGCAUCCCAUUAGUCAUGCCAAAUAAGGCUCCAUUCUUAACCCUGCUCAUCUGAGAGUAAGCCUCAUUGAAUGAAAUAGGACUUACUUGCAGUGGUGGCUGAUGCCCAUUGGGACCGGUAGAGCGGAAGCCAGAGAGACCAGCAUUAGGUUGAGCCAGAGCCAAUGACAGGAUGAGACAACUAAUUCUACUUUGGUCCCCAACUUCAUUCCUGUUGAGUUCUUCAAGGGCAUGAUUGAAACUAAGGAGGAAGGAGCAGCCAUGAGAAAUUCUACCUCCUGCAUUAGUUGUAAGGAAGGAGACAAACAGGUAGAAGCUAACUGGGACCAGACUUGAGGCUGGUGGGGCAGUGCCCCAUUCACUGUAAUGGAGUAGCCUCCAGUGCUUACUUCUAGGUAGGCAGGGUUAGGAUUGCACUGUAGAUCACUGACAGAAGUAUGUUUCAGUUUAAAUCUAUGGGCUGCAGCCAACUAAAUCAUAAGAGUAGGCCCACUGAAAUCCAUGGACUUAAGUUAGUCAUUACUAAGUUAUGUCCACUGAUUUCACUAGGUCUGCUCUGAGUAAGGCAUAGUCACAUACAACCCUCUGUCAUUUUAUGAAGUCCUCCAUAUAUUAAAUUACUAAACGGUAUAUAAAUUAAGAAAUAAACAUAGAAGCUACCUUGACAAUUUAGUGGUAUAUAAAUUUAAUAAUUUUAAAUUCUAUUACAAUUGCUUAACUGAACUGCAGAUUGGGCUGCUAGAUAAAAACUAGAAAAUCACUGAUUUAGGGAAAAUACUGAAUUUAAUUGACUAGCCAUAGCCAUCAAUAGUGCAACCCAUACUCUGGACAAGAAGCUACUGUAAGGACAGAAUAUGGAGAAACCGAUUGGUUACCUGUUGGAAAGGGUGUGAGACAGGGGUGUAUUUUAUCACCCUGUUUAUUUAAUCUAUACAUAGAAUAUAGUAUAUGGAAAGUGGGAUUGGACCAAGAUGAAGGAGAUGUGAAAAUUGGAGGGAGAAAUAUCAAUAAUUUAAGAUAUGCAGAUCCCAUACUACUAGCAGAAACCAAUAAUGAUUUGAAAUGAAUGCUGAUGAAAGUUAAAGAGGAAAGCACAAAAGCAGGACUGCAGCUAAACAUCAAGAAGACUAAAGUAAUGACAACAGAAGAUUUAUACAACUUUACAGUUGACAAUGAGGACAUUGAACUUGUCAAGGAUUAUCAAUACUUUGGCACAGUCAUUAACCAAAAUGGAGACAAUAGUCAAGAAAUCAGAAGAAGGCUAGGAUGGGGUAGGGCAGCUGUGAGAGAACUAGAAAAGGUCCUCAAAUGCAAAGAUGAAUGAUUGAACACUAAAGUCAGGAUCAUUUAGACCAUGAUAUUCCUGAUCUCUAUGUAUGGAUGUGAAAGUUGGACAGUGAAAAAAGCGGAUAAGAGAAAAAUCAACUCAUUUGAAAUAUGGUGUUGGAGGAGAGUUUUGUGGAUACUAUGGAGUGCGAAAAAGACAAAUAAUUGGGUGUUAGAACAAAUUAAACCAGAACUAUCACUAGAAGCUAAAAUGAUGAAACUGAGGUUAUCAUACUUUGGACACAAAAUGAGAAGACAUGAUUCACUAGAAAAAGCAAUCAUGCUGAGGAAAACAGAAGGGAGUAGAAAAAGAGGAAGGCCAAGCAAGAGAUGGAUAGAUUCCAUAAAGGAAGCCACAGACCUGAACUUAUAAGAUCUGAACAGGGUGAUUUACAACAGAUGCUACUGGAUGUUGCUGAUUCAUAGGGUUGUCCUAGGUUGUAAUUGACUUGAAGGCACAUAACACACACACACGCACACAGCCAUCAAUAAGUACACUGGCAUUAACUGUUCCUCAAAUGACUAGAUGUUCCUCAAAUGUUGCAGUUCCUUUUGAUUAGAAUGUUAGGGCAAUGCACUUUUCUGGCAGAGGUGGAGUUUGUGGGAAAAAAGGAAAAGGUCAUGGGAAAGAGUUGUGUUUCAGUAAAGGAGAUCAAAACCCACUGCUGGACCAAGCCGUGAAACAUUUGAUUUUCUGUUUAUCGUCUUUGAUUACCGAGUAGCAUAACUAAGACUAGGAAGUACAGAUAUUGCCAGCCUAUUAGUCCUACCAUGCAAAUACUACUCGUAUGUAGGCAAUAACCAUGGAGAGACUGAGUGGAUGGGGACAUGCUCUUAGCCCCACCCACAAUGCAGGGUCUUCUUCCUUCAGCGACCAUGUGUGCAAUGCAGAACACAAGAUUCACAAGACUGGGGUACCUGGUUGUACCUCUGGCCUUCCAAUCUGUUCAAGUUGUGCCCUACAUGUUAGUAAAGCUUGCAUAGGGCUAUAGAUGGUGCACAUAAGAUGCAACUGUACAUUUUCCCAGAACAGCAAGUUUGUAUAUGCCUUUCACUCUUCAACUUUAAAACUUCAUUGUUUUGUCCCUUUUUGUUUCACAGUUUCUUGUGUGCAAAAUUUCUAGUAAGCCUGCCUUGUAUGUAAGCCCUUACCUGGUCACCAAAGGUGACAAGGAAUUGCAUGCAAGUGAGUGUAUGGCAUUUCUUGUAGAUGCGUGAGCAGGCUAGCAAAGGGGGAAUAGAAGUCUUGUCUCUCCUCUGCACUCAGCAUAAAAACUGGAGCAAAGAAGCUCCUUCUCCUGUACCCAGCAUGGAUGCAGCAAACCACUGCAGGAGGAACAAACCUCUCCAUUCCUCCUUUGCCAGUCUCCAGCUGGGUAAUACAUAUUUUUGCAGGCUAGUAACUUGUGGGUUUACGUACUAGGCUGUAGUAGGCCAACAGCAUAAAACCGCUACUUAUUGUAAAAGCUAGGAUUAUGGAUUUAGGUCAUACGGUGCUUCUAUACUCAUGACAAGCCUUAAAGUGAUUUGUU